GUCUGUCAGUGUUGGUUGUUGCGUGCGCGUCCACGGACGGUGGGCGGGGGCUUCACGAACGCGCUGCUCAGCCCCACAGACGCAGUAAGAUGGCCGCUGAUAGAUUCUCCAGAUUUAACGAGGACCGGGACUUCCAGGGUAACCAUUUUGACCAGUAUGAAGAUGGACACCUGGAGAUUGAACAAGCGUCCCUGGACAAGCCCAUUGAAUCGGAUAACAUUGGACACAGACUACUACAGAAGCACGGCUGGAAACUUGGCCAAGGACUUGGGAAAACCCUGCAGGGCCGGACCGACCCUAUCCCAAUUGUUGUCAAAUAUGAUGUCAUGGGAAUGGGACGCAUGGAGAUGGAGCUGGACUAUGCAGAGGAUGCCACAGAACGUCGCAGAGUUUUGGAAGUGGAGAAAGAAGACACAGAAGAACUAAGACAGAAAUAUAAGGAUUUUGUGGAUAAAGAGAAGGCUAUAGCAAAAGCCCUGGAGGAGCUACGGGCCAACUUCUACUGUGAGCUCUGCGACAAGCAGUACCAGAAACACCAGGAGUUUGACAAUCACAUCAACUCCUAUGACCACGCACACAAACAGAGGCUUAAGGACUUGAAGCAGAGAGAAUUCGCCCGGAAUGUAUCGUCUCGCUCACGGAAGGAUGAGCGCAAGCAGGAGAAGGCUUUGCGUCGGUUGUUGGAACUAGCAGAACAGCGUAAACAAGCAGAAAGCAGUGCUCCAGGUAGUGGUCCCAUGUUUAAAGCCACCACUAUUUCUGUGGAUGAGGAAGGAGUUGAAGAUGAUGAUACAGCGAUUGGUUUCAGUGUAGUGGCUCAAGACAGUCCAACAUCUACACAGGAAGACAUGGUGUCUCAAUCUUCUUCUGUAACCCAACCUGUUGCCCCAGCCAUCAGCUUUGGAUUCAAAAGCCCAGCUAGCACAGCUUCUCAACAGAAAGUGGGCUUUUCUUUCUCUUUUGCUAAAAAAACGCCAGUAAAGUUAGAAUCUUCGGCUGCAGUCUUCAAAGAUGUUGGGGAGGAGGUAGGACUAGCAGAGGAGGAAACAGAGGAGGAGAAAGCACCACUUGAUUUUUUGGGGCCUCUAAAGGUUAGUGAGGAGGAAAACAGCAAAGGAAUUGAAGACAAAGCAGAAGAAGAAGAAACUCCAGUUGAUAGUGGCGCAUCCCUUGCAAGCACUUUAUCCAAACUGAAGAAGAUGAAAAACGAGGAAAGAGGGGGGCAGGCUGGGGAACCAGAGUAUUAUCACUACAUGCCACCUGCACACUGUAAAGUAAAACCUAACUUCCAGUUCUUGCUCUUCAUGAGAGCCACAGAACAAACUCAAACUGAGAAUGUCCUGCAAAAAGAAGAAAAGAAACCUGCUGCCCCAAACAAGGCCAAAACUGUCAAAUCCCCGGAGAAUAAGGCUGAAAUGUCUUCAGUUACUGAGGGAAAAGCAGCAGCGUUGCAGCAGGAGGCCAGUGCUUCUAUCAGUGGGACUAAAGCAGAAAAAAAAGAAAGUGCCGCUGCAGUUGAUCAAGCAAAGGCUAACCUUACACUCAACGAAGAGCCUGCCAAGGAGUCAGAGGUACCAAAGAAGGAACAGCCAGAGAGGCCUAAACAUCCAACUGGACCUUUUUUUCCAGUCCUGAGCAAGGACGAAACUACUGUCCUGCAGUGGCCCUCUGAACUCCUAAUAUUCACCCAGGCUGAUCCUCCCAUCUCAUAUAGUUGCAAUCCUUUGUACUUUGACUUCAAGCUUUCCCGGAACAAAGAUGGCAAGGGCAAGGGUGCCGAGAAAUCCAAGGAUAAUCCAGAGACAAACAAAGACACUCAGUCUGUUAGUGAGCAAAUUAAAGGUCCCAGUUGUAUAGCUGAAGUCAAGAAGGAAGUCAACCCAGCGGUGCACACAUGCAGGACCCCGUUGAAACCUACCUCUUCCGUUACAGGGGAAAGUAAACCUGAACAGACUCAAGAUGAAAGCAAAGAGGAUGUUACUGGGAAGUCACACAAGCACAAGAAAAAAAAGAAACACAAGAAGAGUAGCAAGCGAAAACGUAAACAUAGAGAAGCAGAGGAGGGUCUCGAGCCGAAAUCCAAGAAAAGAAAGAAGCACAAAAAGUCAAAAAGUGCUUCCAAAACCUCAGUAAAGUUGGAAGAGACCGAGGUGGUAAUAUCUCCAGCAGGGAUGAGUUGCACUAGAGAGAUUGCUCCAAAGAAAACACUAGAUGAUAAUAUAGCUGGGAGAACUGCUAGCAACACUAAACCAGAGCCUGCGGUUUCCUCUAAAGGACCAGAGAAUAAAAAGACCAAAACAGAACAUAACCCAACACCCCUUCUUACUCUACCACAUGCUCCAUCUUCCUCCCAUCGGCAUGCCCCCAGCAAGGCCAGGAGUCGGCAAAGCAGCGGUGAUUACGACAGCGAAGAUGAUGACUCCUCAAACAGGAAAAAAUCCAUGUCCCGAUACAGCGAUGAAGACGAUUCAGCCAGUGACCGUUCCAGGAGCCGAUCAAAAUCAGCAAAAAGAGGCCGCUCUUACUCCUCCAGCUCUGGAGGGUCCACAGACAGAAGCAGAUCUAGUCAUAACCCAAGUUACUCUGACAGCGAUUACAGUGACUACAGCAGUGGCUCGAGACACCGAUCCAAGCGUUCACCUGGCUCAGACUCUGACUCUGCAGCUUCUAAGAGACAUUCCACUAGGCGUAAAUACUCUUCAUCUGAUUACAGUAGGAGUAGAUCAAGAAGUCAAAGCCGUUCUAGGGGCAGUCGGGGCAGAGGCAGAGGAAGGUCAAGUAGUAGCAGUCGAAGUCGCAGCAAAAGGAGAAGCCGUAGUAUAACUAGUCAUGGCUGGAAGCGGAGCCGAAGCUACAGUAGAGAUCGGAGCACUAGUGCCCGCAGCCACUCUGGAAAAGGGUCACAUGGGAGAGAUAGUGUUGACAGCCGUAGGGGUGGCAGGAGGGACUUCAAUCUAUCCAAAAUAUAUAGAUCGCAUUCCCCUCAUUACAGCCGAUCAGGAAGCAGAAGAGAAGUUAGUCGAGCGACUGAAUCAAGAGGAGCCAGUUGUUCCACAUUUCCUCGCAGGAGCACUGAAAAAGAUGUGGGGAGAGGCUCAUUGACUGCCAAGCAGUUACUGGAAAAAAUCCAGUCACGGCGAAUGGAGAAAAACGAAGGCAGCUCUGGUAGCAGUAAGGCUGGGGCAAAAGUAAAAGACCCACCUCAGGGAUAUUUUGGCCCCAAGCUUCCCCCUGCUAUUGGCCCUAAACCACAGACGUUACCCCUAAUUGGAAAACUGCCAGCUACUCCAAAAGUUGAGGCACCUCGCAAGGGAGAGAAUGAAACAGGAGAUUUGCCAGAGACUGUAGAAGAAGAGCAGGAGCAAGAGGGGAAGUCUGUGAAAGUGGAGAACCCUAUAGUACCAGACCCUCCUGAAAGUACCACAGAGCAAUUGAACCCUGAAGCAACAGUUUGUUUUAACCCUCCACCACCAGGUUUUGGAGAGGGCACAGCACAGCAUCCUCUAGGCAACGGAAAUCUGCCAUUUCCACCUCUUCACGGAAGGGUGAUGCCCCCACCUCCUGAGUCAGAGUUCUUCCACCCUCCCACUUUUCCACCCAUAGCAGUAGAUCCAGGUUCAGGGCAUGCUGAAGGGGAAGAUGAUAAUGAAGAAGAGGAUGAAGAAGAGGACGAUGGGUCAUUGGCCCCACUGGAGAGUCAGCCAAUCACUUUUACCCCUGAGGAGAUGGAGAAGUACAGCAAGCUACAGCAGGCAGCUCAGCAGCAUAUUCAACAACAGCUUUUGGCGAAACAAGUUAAGAACUUCCCUGUUGGUGCUGUUACACCAACUCUCCAGCCUGCUACCCCAGCCCUGCAGCCUAUUCACAUACAGCAGGCACACCCUUCAGCAUCCGCCACCUCCAUUACCACUGUUCAGCAUGCCAUUUUACAGCAUGCUGCAGCUGCUGCAGCUAUCGGCAUUCCACCACACCAUCAACCCUUAGCCCAAGUGCACCAUAUCCCUCAGCCACACCUUGCUCCAAUUUCCCUUUCCCAUCUAACUCAUUCCCUCAUUCCUGCCCAUCCAGCUGCCUUUCUUGCUAGUCAUCCCAUUCACAUCAUCCCUGCCUCCGCUCUUCAUCCUGCUGGACCCCUCACUCUUCACCAUGUUCCCCAUGCUGCCCUUUAUCCAACUUUGCUUGCUCCUCGCCCUGCAACUGCCGCCGCUGCCACCGCUUUGCAUCUCCACCCUCUGCUUCACCCCAUUUUCUCAGGCCAAGACCUGCAACACCCACCAAGCCACGGGACAUGAAAUUCACAUAUCUCCUAAUUGUUACAAGUCCACUUAAUUUAUGGUCUGUGUAUGCCUUGACACAGCUGGUAACAUCCACAAAUGAAGAGGACCUCUGGCCCUUUCCAUAGGCACUCCACUUUCCAGUUGGGGACAAUGUAGGGCUCAUUUUGUGGAUCAUUCCCAUUUCUUACAUUAUUUAAGAUUAGCUGUGCUCCUCUUUUACUUUCUAAGUACACCCUUGGUAAUUAGGCUUACCCUUAAGUGUGAAGGUUUUACUCCCAUGUUCUAAUUUUUGGAGAUCAACCAGAAGGUGAAAGUCUUUUAUUUACUCCCAAAUCAUUGCAACAGUGUUUGUUAAGCGACUCCAACAUUAUCAGCAGUAACCGAGCCGUGUAUCUGCCCCCCCCAUAUUGUUGCAGUAGAAUGAUGUCAACAGAAUUUAAAGCUGAGGACGUACUGGUGGAAGAAGCCACCCCUUAUUAAAUUGUUUAAUAAGGCAUCUGCACUCUGUAUAAAAUAUUUUUUUUGUUUCUUGCUGUAGUUGUACAAUAAUCUACUUCUGAAGGGCAAACAUGUAGAGUUUUCUGCUACUUUCUGCUGCUGUGGCAUGUAUAUUUUAUCUUUUUUUUUUGAAGUUUCUAUGUAUGAUACAAAUGUACAAAGAGUAAUAAAACCUUUGAGGAUUGCAGAGUAAAACAUAAUAUUGUAAGAGACUAAUAAAAGAACAAUUGGUUUGUCUAAAA